AUGUAUAUAGAUAUAUGUGUAUCCUAUAUGAAAUCUUUCCGCUAUAUAACGCGAACCAGACCGAAACGGCUGGCAACAGUGAAGCCACCACACGUUCCAAUUCGUUUCUCGAUGACUCCAAUCGGUGUGGGAUCUUACCCAUUCCCGGCUGGAUUUUAUGAGUGCUACGUCUCUGAGUCAGAAGGGGAAAACAACGCCCAGAAAAUAACCGUCCUGCCUACUAAUAACUACUUUUUGCUGUAUCUGAAAGUACCAGUCACAGAUGAAAUAACAAUAACAGCAACAAAAGAAGCAGCCACAGAAGCCGUAAUCGCAAGUUGCGGUCAGAACAAUGAAAAGUAUGAUGAUGAAGUUGAGGAGAAUGGAUAUGGAGUUGAUUGCUAA